AACAAACAAACACAAACACACAUACACACGCAUAUAUUUACAUUGAAGAUGAGUUCUAAAGGAGAAGGUUCUAGUUCAACGGCAGAGCGUAAGGUGAAGAAAGAAGCAGCUAGUGUGAUUCCCGUUAAGAGGAAGCUGGUAAAGACUAUGGCCGUCGAAGCCAUUAUCUCUGCCAUUUCUCCCUCCGGUACUAGCCAGCCUACUGGCGACAGCAACGGGAAGGGCAACGGAGGGCGCGUGUACCCCACUCGUCCUUGAUCGGUCCUUUUCUUAGGGGUUGAAGAUGUUUUGCACCGCUAGGAUCUUUUGUGGGUUUGAUAUAUAAUAUGCUGUUGUUCUCCUCGUGUAAGCUUUUGUUAGUUCUGCUUCUUUUGGUAUUUUCUGGUUUAAGUUAAAUGUUUCUAUUGUUCAGUAUCUUGUAGGGGUGACAAACGAAGAUUAUGAUGUCCUUUUUUGUAAAAAAUCAAGUUGUAAUAAUUUUGAGGAGUUUGUAUUUAUGGUAUUAGUC